AUGUCGCAGUCUUCCCUCCAUUUCAACCUUCCGCCAGACACAAAUUGCCUAAAAACGCAAUGUCUAUGUGACUUUCGACUAUCGAUAAAAGAUUGCAACUACAAACAAGAUCAAGAUUAUACUUUAUUAUGGGAAAAUUCAUAUAUUCUUGUGGCGACUACGUGUUUUUUAGUGGGAUUUGUGCAAUUGAUCGUUCUGAGAUAUCGAAUACAACGACUAAAACGACGAUGGAGGAAUAAUAAUACUAUUCUUAAUAGUGCUAAUGCAGGACAAGAAUUUCACGCGUUUUUGAUUCAGAAAGCUAAUAAUAUUGGAAUGAUACGACCAAAGCCUGUCGAGACGUUUUUAUUGUUGACAGCUUUGUUCAAUAUAAUACGUGGCGUUGAUUGUGUGUUGGUGAUUACAAAUGCUCUAUCGGAUUAUGCCGUAAAAGAAGAACAACAACUAAUCAUAAAACUUGCAAUCAAACGCGCAGCCAUAUUCGAAAUAGGAUGGCAAUUUGCAUUUUGGGGAAUUUUAUGUUAUCUAAUCGGAGCACUAUACACAAUUCCACACACGUUGAAUCUAACACGUGACAUCAACACCACAAGUUAUAUAAAAGUAUGGAUGCCAACUCCAUUCUUCAUGGACCUAUUCGCGUUGUUUCUCGUGGUAGGCCCAAUUUCGACGCUGAUACUUUUUUCAGUGAUGUCGGGUUUAUUCGCGAAUCAGGGUAAUUUUGUCUCGGCGAAUUUCUAUCGUCGGGUACAUUAUGCGUUUUGGGUUUUUUAUCUAUUGGUUAUGGCGACGGGGUUACUUUAUUUUGGUGAUCGUUUAGUAAAGUCAAUUCAGUCGCGCAUUCGUCAUAUGAAGCGAUCUAGUUCGGCGCGUGAUGACAAAAUUAUGAUUUUGAAGAAGGCAAUAUCGAAUGUAAAAACUACAGUCAUUUGUCUAGCAUCCAUAGUAUCAUUUCUAUCCCUCAUAUCAAUACUGUAUGCAAUCAUCCGUGAACAAAUACACAAGGAUGCAACUGGGAAUAUUCUCUUUGGUCUCGCCUGGAUAUUAGUGUGUCCUGUAUCAUUCGGUAUAGCAACAAUUGGAAUUAUUUUUGGUGGCUCAUUCACCGAGAACAUUACCUCGUCUUCCAUUAUACCGAGCAAGAAUAGGGGUAGUGAUGGAUUGGUGACUCAUGAUAGUAAUAUUAGUUCUCGUAACACGUCGAAAUUCUCUACUGCUAGAUCAACAAUGAUCGGUGCUGAUUUUGGUAGUGGUGUGAAUCCAUGGAAAAGGUUUAGUUUAACCUCUUCGAAGUAUUCAGCUGUCGGUCUAGCCUCAUCGCCAACAACAUCACAACAGGAACCUCCACCGAUUUUUGUUCCACAUCAUCGAAAUCAAUGGUCAAUAUCUUCGGCAGCUUCUAAUUUAAUGAAUAAUACAUAUUUACCAAUGCAACCUCAGAAUCCACAUCCUCUACGUAAUCAAAGCCCACCACCGAAUCCUUCUGUGAUCUUACCAGACAAUAACAAAAUACAAGAAUCAACGCCGCCUCCUAACAAUAAAAAACACGAUGAUGAUGAUAAAAAUUAUAACGAAAAUUCGCCGCCAAUAUUAUCAGAAUCUACUACCCAGACUACUCCUGAAAUUACUAUAAGUAAUGAUCCCGAAACUACUACAAGUAAUACGCCUGAAAUUACUAUAAGCAAUGAUGAUCCUGAAACUACGCCUGAAAUUAUUAUUAAUGAUGGUAGUAAUACUGAUGAUAGUGACGAUGAGGAAGAUGUACGAAUUGAAGAUUUACCAAUUCCCCCGCCGAGAUCGAUACCUGGUGGAAAUUCGGGCUUAUCAAUCUUGAGUGAUAAUACCAACAAUCAUAGGAAUAGCAAUAGAACUGUUUAA